CUCUCUCUCUCUCUCUCUCUCACACACACACACACACACGCAAACAUACAUAAACUCACGCACACGCCCCCACAAGGCGUGUUUUGAGCUGCCUAUUUUAUGAGGGGGUUGUAAUAGCUUCACGUUUUACUUUAAGCUCUGUCAGUAAUACAGACGUUUUCAAGGUACACACUUGCAAAGAAGUUCAAUAGAAGACACCAUCGACAGUCUGCAAGCAUAGAAAUCUUCGAUUCUUAGAGUACGUAACAUGGCAAUGUCGGCAGAGAUAGGAUCAGUGGAAUGCGACGGUAUGUACUCUAAACUCAUAAAUAAAGAUGAAGAUACGCCAUAUGAGGAGGAAAACCACAAACUUGGAAAUCCAGACGUUCAGGUGUCCAUGCCCUCUGCUGGAGGUGCACCCAGCUCUCACCCGUACAGACUGGCUACGGGGUGUCUCGGUGUGCUGUGUGUGGUGUUUUUAAUUUCCAUUGCGGUCCUGUGUGCCCACUAUAAGAACCUGUUGUUCGGUGUGAGUGAGGAGCACGACGUGCUCUCGAAGAACUAUACCUCAGCACAGAGCACAAUGGAACGCCUCUCCUUCAAUGUCUCAGCUUUGUCUGACGUAAUCAGCAAACUGCAGAAAGAGAAGGGAGAUGUGGAAAAAGACAAGGAGAGACUGCAAGCAAGGGUCAAGGUGCUAGAGGAGCAGGGGAAACCCAAGGUCUGCCCGCCAGAGUGGAUUGGAUUCAACACCAGCUGCUACUUCAUCUCCUCCACCAGCAAGUCCUGGAAGGACAGCCAGGAGUACUGUGCAGAGAGGGGGGGACACUUAGCCAUUAUACACACGCCAGAGGAACAGACGUUUCUGUUUAACCAGCUGGUCAGAGGUCACUGGAAUGCGUACUGGUUUGGGCUCAGUGAUGAAAAGGCAGAGGGUGACUGGUUCUGGGUGGACGGGACCAAACUUGUUAGAGGGAGGUUACAGAGUGGAAAACAGUUGAAAUGACCAGCCUUAGAUGGAAUCUACCUGGAACCAGCUUCUGCUCCAGCUGGACACCAAGACUUUGGUGAUGGUCUGUUGUCUGUACCAAGCCGGCCUAUCAGCUGGGCAUGGUCUUACCUGCAUGGUUUCUAUCUCAAACAUUUUGCUGCCUGCUUGGACAUCUCCAAACCAGCUUCAAACCAGCUGGAACUGCUUAAAACCAAGUGGACCAGCUUAAAACCAGACUGGAAUCAAGCAGGAAUUUCCACUAGAGGAUCGCCUACUGCUAUAUUGAAUUUUUUAUGCUAUUUUAUGCUGAUUGAUGUAGAUUGCUUAAAUGGCACUCUCCAUAAAGUAAAAUGCAGGGAUACCAGGUAGAGAGCAAGAUUAAAAGUGAUUUAAACAGUGCUAAAUUAAACAGAUUUCAGCCUGCUCCAUUUAAUUUUGCUACCACUGUGAUUACACUGCGUUCAUCUUUUGCCCAUGUUGGGCAUUCACACAACAUUAACUGCAUGGUGGUGGGACUACUUGAUGCUCUCCUUUUAGCUUCUGGAUGGAUGGCGAGCCGAACAACCACAUUGAUGAGGACUGUGGCUAUAUGGUGAAGACUCGCAACCCAAGCAUACUGGCCCUGGGAAGCUGGUACGAUGCACCCUGCAGCAUGUACUGGCCAUGGAUAUGUGAGGCUCCGAUCAGUUAGGUACAGGCAUUUGCGCUGGAAAAUGGGAAUGUGCCCAAGCAUUGCCUUCAGAACCAGAAGACUUUAGGACAGCAGUUUUAUAGCCAAUAAAAAUGGUGCCCAUUUUGGAGCCUCAGUAGUUUCUGUGCAGGUCAGAUAGUGACAGUAAGGAGAUGUAUCUUUUGUACAAUCUGAAUACAUAUUGGGAAAUGUUAUGUAACUCUGUUUAGUGUGGGUAUAGAGAGAAUAGUAUUGCUGAUUUGCCAGUAUCUGCUACAAAUACUGUAUAUUUUUUCAAAAUGUGUUAGCAAUGGGAGCUGGACUCUGUUUUUCACUGUCUAUAAAUAACAAUGUUUCAAAAGAA